AUGACAGCUCAGGCUUACCUAGAGCGCUAUCGCCAAUUAUGCGCUUUGGAUCAGCAGAAGAAUGAAUUCAUCGAGGUAGCAACCAUCUCUCCCUUGGUCCUGAUUUCAUGCUCACAAGACUAUCAGGAACUUCUCCAACGUGUCACUGCUCUAGAGAAUUCUUUUCAGCAAGAGAAACUUGACCAUGAACGCGAGACUCGAUUCAAUCGUGAUAUUCAACUCCACGAAAUGGAGUUGAUGGAGCAGAUAUCGUCAGUCAAGAAUAUGAUGGACCGAGAACCAUUUGUCGUUUUGCUUUUAGAUGGCGAAGGAAUUAUAUUCAAGGACGAGUUCCUCCAGUUGGGAGAACAGGGUGGACGCAAUGCAGCCAAGCAACUUUGGAAAUCCCUGGAGGACUAUGUGGCAACGAAUCUGUCCACAAUCACCAAGCCGAAGAUAAUGACCAAGAUCUACCUUAAUGUGAAGGGACUCGUUGAGACUUACAACCGUGGUGGGAUCAAUUUGGAGAUAUCCACAAUCAGUGACUUUAUUCGGGGUUUCAAUGAGACCACAUCUUUCUUUGAAAUUGUGGAUGUUGGAACUGGCAAAAACAAGGCGCAUGAUAAAAUCAAGGAGGCUUUCAAGCUUUACUUAUACAACUGUCAUUGCCACCAACUCUUCCUGGGCUGUCCCUCGAAUGAAGAGUAUGCCGGGUCCUUGAGAGAACUGAUCGCCGGUGCGAAUUAUAAGGGACGGGUUUCGCUGGUUGAAGGCCUUCCUCUCGAGAAGGAAUUCGACGAUUUCAGACAACAGGAUUAUCGAAUUACCCAAUUUGCAGAUGUGUUUCGUACUACCAAGAUUCUGCCAAGUGCAACCAAUGUGCCCAGCGCGCCCAGUGCACCGACCUGGACUGCUUCUUGGAAGAACGCAAUCCCCUCGCGGACCCUACUCACUCCUUCGCCAACUCAACAAUUCCAAACCCCUGCGCCGCUAUCGCGAACGUCUACCAGCACUAGUGUGUCAAAUCUGGGUGUUCCACUAGCCCCAGUUACAACAAAUAAGCUCGAGUCUUCUGAUUUCCAGGUUGUUCGCUCGAAAAUUCCUGGCUCGACACCUCCGAAGGCCGUGGAACGAAAUAAAUACGGCCAACGAGUCGAUCGACUCGACUUCAAGAGUAUUCCCCGUGAAGAUCUCAACAAGUUGAAGAAACUCAAGCUCUGCAACUAUCAUUUCUUGCUUGGCGAAUGCCCUAAUGAAGAAAAUUGCUAUCAUGACCAUGAUCGCAAAUUGUCCCGCCAAGACCUGCACAUUUUGUCUGCCAUUGCCCGCAUGACACCUUGUCGUUUCGGCCUAGAAUGCGAUGACGUUGAGUGUAUCUAUGGCCAUCGCUGUCCUCAGAGCGAGCCUGGUAAAAAGACUUGCUUCCGGGGCGAUAGCUGCCGUUUCGAGCCAGUGGCGCAUGGCAUUGACACAAACAUUGUCAAAGUCACAAGAAUCUAA